GCAACGGGGGGCCAUCCCAAAUUACUUGGCCGCCGCCGCCGCCUCCGUGCCGGCGCGCGGCUAAACCCCCCAUAACCCCCCGCCGCUCCGCCGCCGCCGCCGCGAAACCCUAAGGCCCGCCGCCACCAUGCCCCGCCUCCCGCCCGUCCCCCGCCCGGCCGCCGCCGCCGCUGUCGCCUCCACGUCCACCCAGGACAUCGUCCCGAAGCUCGGCCACAUCAUCUCCACGCGCCGCUGGAACAAGGGCACCGCCUACAAGCGCCUGGCGCCCUCCGUCACCGCCGCGCACGUCGCCGACGUCUUCCGCGCCCCGCCGGCCCCUCUCCACCCCGCCACCGCGCUCGCCUACUUCGAGUGGGUCGCGCGCCGCCCCGGGUUCCGCCACACCGCCGCCUCCCACGCCGCGUUGCUCCAGCUCCUCGCCCGCCGCCGCGCGCCCGCCAACUACGACAAGCUCGUCGUCUCCAUGAUCGAGUGCUCCGACACCGCGGAGGACAUGCGUGAGGCCGUCGACGCCAUUCAGGCGAUCCGUCGAACGGGUGGCGCGCGACUCGUGCUGUCCCCAAAGUGCUACAACUUCGCGCUCAGAUCACUGUCGCGAUUUGACAUGACGGAUCACAUGGGGAAGGUGUACUCGCUGCUCGUGCAGGAUGGGUUGCUGCCAGAUACGGUGACUUACAACACCAUGAUCAUGGCAUACUGCAAGGAGGGUAGUCUCGCCAUAGCACACCAGUAUUUCCGGCUGUUGAGGGAGUCUGGGAUGGAGUUGGAUACAUUCACUUGUAAUGCAUUGCUGCUGGGGUACUGCCGAAAGGGUGACUUGGGGAAGGCUUGCUGGCUACUCCUGAUGAUGCCACUGAUGGGUUGCGCUAGAAAUGAGUACUCCUACACCAUUGUAAUCCAGGGACUCUGUGAAGCACGGAGUGUAUGGGAGGCACUUGUGCUUCUGUUCAUGAUGCGACAGGAUGGGUGCUCCCCGAAUGUGCGAACAUAUACACUCUUGAUAAAAGGUCUUUGUAAGGAGGGUAGGAUUGAUGACGCCAGGAUGUUGCUUGAUGAAAUGCCUCAGAGAGGGGUGGUUCCAAGUGUCUGGACAUAUAAUGCAAUGAUUGAUGGGUACUGUAAGUUGGGAAGAACAAAGGAUGCGUUGGGGAUCAAGUUGCUGAUGGAAGGAAAUGGGUGUGAUCCAGAUGAUUGGACAUACAAUAGUUUGAUUCACGGCCUCUGUGACGGGAAGACAGAUGAAGCAGAGGAAUUGCUAAAUAGUGCUAUUGCGAGAGGUUUCACACCUACAGUUGUUACAUUCACUAACAUGAUUAAUGGGUAUUGCAAGGCUGAAAGGAUCGAUGAUGCACUCAGGGUAAAGAAUAUCAUGAUGUCAAGCAAGUGCAAACUUGAUUUACAGGCAUAUGGACUGUUGAUCAAUGUCCUCAUCAAGAUGGAUAGGUUAAAAGAGGCUAAAGAGACAUUAAAUGAUAUUUUGGCUAAUGGUUUAGCUCCUAAUGUUGUCAUCUACACCUCUAUAAUUGAAGGGUAUUGCAAGAUUGGCAAGAUUGGUGCUGUACUAGAGGUCUUCAAAUUGAUGGAACAUGUAGGUUGCCGUCCAAAUGCCUGGACUUACAGUUCUCUGAUUUAUGGGCUAAUUCAGGAUCAAAAGCUUCAUAAGGCAAUGGCAUUAGUAACUAAAAUGCAAGAGGAUGGAAUAACUCCUGGUGUUAUCACUUAUACUACUCUGAUCCAAGGUCAGUGCAACAGACAUGAAUUUGAUAACGCUUUCAGGUUAUUUGAAAUGAUGGAGCAUAAUGGCUUGACACCUGAUGAGCAAGCAUACAAUGUCCUCACUGAUGCACUAUGCAAAUCUGGAAGAGCAGAAGAAGCUUAUUCUUUUCUUGUCAGAAAAGGAGUAGUCCUUACAAAUGUAACAUAUACAUCUUUAAUUGAUGGCUUUAGUAAGGCAGGGAACACUGACUUUGCUGCCACCCUUAUAGAGAAGAUGGUCAGUGAGGGCUGUAAACCAGAUUCGUACACAUAUAGUGUACUGUUGCAUGCUUUAUGUAAACAAAAAAAGCUCCAUGAAGCCUUGAAUAUACUGGAUCAGAUGACCCUAAGGGGAACUAAGUGUAACAUUGUUUCCUAUACAAUACUUAUCGAUGAAAUGAUCAGAGAAGGAAAGCAUGACCAUGCGAAGAGGCUGUUCAGUGAAAUGACAUCAUCAGGACAUAAGCCUAGCGCAACCACAUAUACCAUAUUCAUUAACUCAUACUGCAAAAUAGGUCGAAUAGAGGAGGCUGAGCAUCUAAUUGGCGAAAUGGAAAGAGAUGGUGUUUCACCUGAUGUGGUAACCUACAAUGUAUUCAUUGAUGGCUGUGGACAUAUGGGAUAUAUGGAUCGUGUAUUUUCUACUCUAAGGCGCAUGAUGGAUGCAUCAUGUGAACCCAAUCACUGGACCUACUGUCUUCUGCUCAAGCAUUUUCUAAAAACGAGUUUGGGUAAUGUUCAUUAUGUAGACACUUCUGGCUUGUGGAACUGGGUUGAGUUGGAAACAGUUUGGCAGCUUCUUGAAAGGAUGCUGGGGUAUGGUUUAAAUCCUACAUUAGUGACAUACAGUUCUAUCAUUGCAGGAUUUUGCAAAGCAAAACGUCUUGAAGAAGCAUGUGUGCUUCUUGAUCAUAUGUGUGGAAAAGGUAUAUCUCCCAAUGAAGAGAUAUACACAAUGCUUAUCAAGUGCUCUUGUGAUACCAAGCUCUUUAAAAAGGCCUUAUCAUUUGUUAGCAACAUGAUAGAUUGCGGGUUUCAGCCUCAUCUUGAGUCCUACCAGUAUCUUAUUACAGGCCUCUGUGAUGAGGGGAAUUAUGAGAAGGCUAAGUCACUAUUCUGUGACUUACUUGGAAUGGACUAUAAUCAUAAUGAGGUGGUAUGGAAGAUUCUAAAUGACGGUUUGCUCAAAGCUGGCCAUGUUGAUAUUUGUUCAAAGUUGCUGUCUGCUAUGGAGAAUAGACACUGUCAUAUUAACUCUCAGACAUAUGCUAUGGUGACUAAUAACAUGCAUGAGGCUUCUGGCAGUAUGGUUAGUGAACUCAGAGGAGAAGCUGCCUGACUGACUGUUACCGUUGUUGCAAAAGCAUGGUGAAUUUCAUUUGCUAUUUGUUCCCUUGGUGGGCAAUUGUAUAAAUUGCGUGCUUUCAGUGAACCCAAGCUCAACAUUUUGGAAGCAGCUAUUUCAUCUCGAACAUCAGAUAUAAUGCUGAUGCUUCGAUUAUGCACCGAGGAAGUGUAAAGAAGACCAGUGACAAUUUUGCUGGUAUACGUUGAAGAGUGUAUUCUGGAUCAACUUGGGUGACUAUGCUGUCAAUUUUCAGAAGCUAUUCUGUACAGCAGACGAGCUAUGAUCUCCAACACAUUUCACUUCACCUUCACGGUCUGUAGCGACUUGUUGAAAAAAGGAUUGAAGAUUCGUAAUGUUGUCCCCUCGACCGAAGAAGAGGCGCGUCGCAUACUAGAGACAAGAACAAGACUCCAAAAAGACUCGGAACAAGGUUGCAUUGGUGCCUCAAUUCGUUGUAUGAACAUUUUUUUUCAACAGUGCCCUUCUCUUGGUAGGACUAUUUGGUAGCCUCAUAUUGUGGUUUUUACGGCCGUAUAUAUAUACCUCACGUUGGUUGCACAAGCUACAUUGGAGCAACUGUGCCAUUGUAAAAUGAAAGAACGAGACUAGGUUUUUGUGAAUAUUUUAUAAUUUUAUAUAUGAACGCAAAUACAAGGGAAAGUAUUUCGUUGCGUUUA